CAAUCCAUAAAUUCAUGAAUUCAAUUGAAUUUGAAUUUUUUUUUUAUAGGCUCCAGCACAAAACUUUGUGGCUUUUUGCAGCGCAAAACUAUUCAUCACAAUGUAUUUUUAAAUCGAAUUUAAAAAAAGUUAAAAAAAAAUCAGAUUUUUUUUGUGCUCUAUCACAAGUUGAUAUCCAUUUACAUAUCUUUUGGAACAAAAAAAAUUUCAGGUCAUCAUAUUAUGAUAUUACCACUAACAAUAGUAUGAUAUUAUAGUGGUAUGUUGAUAUGAUAAUGAUAAAAUGUUGAUAUGAUAUGUUAUGUUUGACGAUGAAAUCAUACAACUGUCAUACCAUGAUAUUAUCAUUAUAUCAUAGUGAUAAACCAGUUAUUAUGCAUUGCAUCCGCAACCGAUCACUUGAUCGAAUCAACUCUUACUAUGUCAUAAUCCAGUUAGUCUCAAUAAUUCAAAGUAUUAAAAAAAAUUCAUUACGAAUCUUAUACCACCCUCCUACCUUCAUUAAUUUAUUAAAUGAUAGGUACCAAUGUCGGGUGAACCGAGAUGGGUUCUGCUACAUGCUGAGGAGGGAAAGGGGAACUUACCACCGCCUCAACGACCUCUUCCCUUGGUCCAAAUACGGCGUCCAGCCGGCGGCCGUCACAAUAUGGAACCGGAUCGACCUCGCCAGCCACGAAACUGUCGUGGAUCACGAGGCCAUGUUCGAGGCGGCGGCGGAGAACAAGAACCAUCACAGUACUAACGCCAUUAUUAAUAAUAAUGGUUCUUCUCAGGACGACGAGGUGAUGACGACCAUGAAGGUGAAGCUGGCGGAGAAAGAAGCGGAGGCGGAAUCGUGGAAGAAGCUGGCGAACGAGAAGGCGGAGAAGUUGAAGAAGGUUGAAGGUGAAUUGUUUGCACGGAAGAAACAGAACGAUGCUCUGAGGGUCUCGGUGGGUUCGUUGGUGGAGUCCGUUGGGAAUCUGAACGUCGUAUUGCAACAGGAUUUGUUUUGUGGCUUGUUGUCCGACGCGGUGGCGGAGGAGGCCGGCGGCCGGGAAUUGCUCUGAGGGUUAUUGAUGCAUGUUGUUGCACACGCAUCAGACAUCAAACAUCCAUGUGCUAAUAAAUGGGGUUACGGGGAUUCGAACACAAGACCUUUCGGUUACAGAAUGCUCUGAUACCAUGUCAAGAAUCAGUUGAUCCCAAUCACUCAAGUUAUUGGUAGAUGUUCAAUUAUGGAUCAUAUACCACAUACUAACAAAAUUAUCAGUUUUAAAAAUCAAUGGGUUGACAAAGUGUAACACUAGAUUUUUUUAUUAGAGAGGUCAUUAUGUGGUGAUUACAUCAUCUUCAUUAGCUAUCAAGAAUGAUGAAAAACUAGUCUUUUUUCAAUGCACUUCUUCCUAUUCCUUUUUAAAGAAAAAAAAAGUACAGUUUUCUUGUGUGUUUCCUACUUGAUUUGAGAAAAACUCUAGAUUUCAAAUUUAAUAAAUUUACUUUGUGUGCUCUUGCAUCAUUCGGCUAUUCUCUUUUCCUGUGACGAAAUAUGUCUUCAACUCAUUGUUUCAUUUAUGUUUAUAAAUGGAAUUUUCCACUUAAGAACGAUGAUGGAUCUUGACCUGAGACUUGAGAGUUAUCUUCAAAGUGUCGCAGUAAAGUCCUCCAAGAGAUUUUUUAUUAUUAUCUUUGUUCAUUAUUUUGGGUGUUCUCGUGACAUAUUACUCAAUCUGCAAACAACUAUGAACCCUGUUGGGGGUACCACUAGAGGGGCCCAAAGGAGAGCCCAAGAAAGAGCCCAUCUUGCUAAGAGCAGCCCUAGGCAAUUGUCCAACAGAAGGAGCCUGCAAAUGACCCCGCGAAGCCCACUCCAUGUCAGGUGGGGUAGGCAUGAAGACAAAACACUAAGGCCAAAGAAGGCAAAGCUGACAAGUGGUCCCCCGCCUGUAGGCGCCUGCUAGUCGUCAGAAGCCUGACAAGGCGGUUGAGGCUUCUGACAGGAAUGUAGGUACAAAGCAUUUAAUGUGAUGGUGACGUGGAGGAGAUCCACCUCGAGCUCGGUGAGUAUAAAUAGGGGCAGUUGGUAGCAUUUACACAGGUUGGACUCUCUCACUAAAACUCAUCCUCUAAGCACUUCUCUCUCCAGGUAGAGACUGACUUGAUCGUCGGAGGGCUAACGGGCCCAGGCGCCCCCUCUGUGUUCGUGCGUGUAGGUAGGCGUCAGGUCUUGAGAACGUGGACUUGAUGGCGAGGCGUCGCGGCUCAAACAAACCCUAUUUAAAUAUUUAUAUGAUUUUCCAAACUAGUAAAAUAUUUCAACCCAUCAGUUAACUCAAUCACACAAAGCAAUAUAUAAUCUAAAUGUAUGUCACACAAGUUAGCAAAAAAGUCUAUAAGAGAUAGCUCAUCUCUCAUCUAUAGCCUGUUGUUUUAUGCUUUCUCCUAAUGUGCUUCUCGGUAGAGCAUGACAUUGGAUCCCAAUCAUAAUAAAUUGUCUUUUUAACUCACAUCACUUAUCCAACCAUUUUCUUUGAUGAACAACUUUGUUUUUCGCCAGUUGUUUCAUAUACUUUCUCAACACAUCUCUUAUUUAAGAACAAUUAUCAGAAUCGAAGAGCCAUAAGCUUUGUGAUGCCAUUGCUAGAGCGUUUCUUGGUGCCCCUAUCUUCAUUUUGAUGAAAGACAAUUUUGAGUUGCUUUUUCAUGCAUUAUUAUGUUGUGCUUUACAAUAGUUGUGUGAGAAAAACAAAAUGAGAAGAUAAAAAGCGAGUGAAAGGGUGAUGGGCAGAGCAAUAUAGAAGAAAUAUAUGAUGCUUAUAUUAUUAUUUUGUAUUCACUUCCUACUCAUUGUACGAUAAUGAUCCUGCAGUUUUUCUAAUCACGUGGACCUGCUGCAAAAGCGCGGUUAAUUUCUUGUACUAUAUAUAUACUGUGAUCAAAGCAGUAAAAAUCGGUUUUUUACGUAAAAUCGAAAAUGAGGGUAAAAUCGGAAUCGUAAAAUCGUAAAAUUUUAUGGUCCAUAUAAAAAUGAAGACGGAAUAAUAUUAGUAAGGAAAAUCAUGAAUAACACAAAAGCACAUAACACUUACAAUGAUAAUUUUUCAAGGUUAUUGUUCCAAUUCAUCAAGGUUAAUGUUAAGAGGUGGUGAAUAGAUGAUGAUUAAUACGUUGAUGUGAAUUGAUUAUACUCGAUGGUGGUUAGUGUGAGAGAACUAGAUGAUGUUGGUGGAGGAGAAGAACAAGAGGCGUAAUUUUGAAAAUUCUGGGGAAAAUAAGUAAAAUUGACUCAAAGAUUUGAAUCGUAAAAUCGUAAGAUUUUAAAGAUUUUAAGUAUUCAAAUCGUGAAUAGUGUAGGAUUUUAAGGUCCGUGGAUUUUAUAGUGAAAUCAGAAUUGGUUUAGGUAAGUAAAAUCGUAAAAUCGUAGAAUUUUAGUAUUUAAAUCGGAAUUUUGACUACUCUCAUUGUGAUCAUAUACCUAAUGCCUGUGACGUGGGGAAAAAUAAGAAUGUAUGCGGUAGCAAAAGAAAGAUUUACCUAGGCCAAUUUCAAACCUUUUCAAAAAUGGGGAUAUCCCAAUUUCUUGGGUCUUUUAUCUCAUGGUUAAAAAUAAUGUUGUUGAGAUCGAAUCGGAAUAUAAAUUGGUAUAGCAA